AUGCCCGACUACGACCAAACUUAUGACACAUUCCUCAGCAGGAUACGUAACCACUUUCUCGAUGCGAGUCCAGAGAUAAUCAAUUCAGCAGUGGAGAUUUUGCUAGAUAUUUUGGGCUCAGAUAUCAGCGUAGCUACAAAGAGAAAGGAAACAAAUGAACUUUUAAGCGACUCCAUUGGAGAUGAGGAGUUUGGCGAAUUGAUCAACUUGGCAAAUGAUUAUAAACUGGCCCUACUGAAGCAUCGUGUACUGGACGCGAACGGUGCAGGGGCUAUUGCCAUUGAAGUUGAAGAGUCUGAAGGAGACGAACCCGAUGCAGAGUCUGGCGAGGAACUGGAGCAAGAAGAGGAGCAAGAAGAGGAGAAGGAGAAGACGAAGGAGAACGAGGGGAAACUUAUCCUAGACCGUGUUUACGACUGGAAAACUUUCAAAGAGGAGGUCGCGGAAGCAGAGGACAUAUACAAAGCAUUGAGUAAUGGAAAAUUAAGCGACAACGACAUUACCAAACGUUUCCCAAAAGUGACGUCACUGAUACUAUUGAACCGAUGGAGAAUUGUAUACUCGAGAAAACUAACAACUGAAAACAAAGCUCAAGUAAUAACGGAAAUGCAAAAACUUCACCUAGAUCCACUUAUCCUAGAGCUAAUAGGAAACAAAGAAGAGCUUACAAUAAAGCAACUAAAAAGACGUUUACUAUACGAAGAAAAGAGUAGCGACGAGCUAAAUGUAGCAUUGCCAAAGGGAACCUACCAGGAAAAAAUGCCCAACUAUGACGUCAUCACUGUACCUCCAAGCGCAGCCCCACCAAGCGAUGACGAUCUUCUACCCAUCAGCACAUUACCACCAUGGGCUCAAGAGGCAUUCCCUAACAAUGAAGCGUCAACAUUCAACCGCAUACAAUCGAAAAUCUACCCAAUGGCUUUCGAUUCGAACGAAAACUUGUUGAUUUGUGCUCCUACAGGUGCUGGUAAAACCAAUGUGGCAAUGUUGACGAUGUUGCGUACUAUAGAGAACUAUCGAGUCAAUAAUCGCAUUGAUGCGAAAAAGUUCAAGAUAGUCUACAUUGCCCCUUUAAAAGCUUUGGUACAGGAACAAAUGAGAGAGUUUCAGCGACGGUUAACCUCCGCCUAUGGCUUAGUGGUGAAUGAGUUAACUGGUGACUCUUCAUUAUCGCAACAGCAAAUAUCUGAAACCAAUGUGAUUGUCACUACUCCGGAGAAAUGGGACAUUAUAACCAGAAAAGAUCAUGACUAUCUUAAAGUAGUAAAGUUGUUGAUAAUUGACGAAAUUCAUUUGUUGCACGAUUUGAGAGGACCAGUAUUGGAAGGAAUAGUGUCAAGGAUUGUACGCGCCAGCGAGGAUUUGAGGAUUGUGGGGUUGUCUGCAACAUUGCCGAAUUACCAGGAUGUGGCGAAAUUUAUUCGUGCUGGCGAUAAGGGGGUGUUUUACUUUGACUCGAGCUACAGACCGUGCCCAUUGGAGCAGAAGUUUGUGGGGAUCAAGGAGCAGAAAGCUCUCAAGAAAAAAAUUGCCAUGAAUGAAGCAUGUUUCGAACAGACAUCCAAUGUAUUGAAGCGGAAUCAACAGUUGAUCAUAUUUGUUCAUUCGAGGAACGAAACGGCAACCACUGCCGAGUUCUUGGUGGAUGCAUUAUCAAACCUGGAAACGGAAAUCAUUACAGAAAUUAGCACUCGUGAGAUACUACAACAAGAAAGUGAGAGAGUGGCCAAUACAAAAUUGCAGCGGCUUAUGGUUUCUGGUAUUGGAGUUCACCAUGCGGGGUUAAACAAAGAUGAUAGGACAUUGGUGGAAGAUCUUUUUGCUCAGGGUCACUUGAAGGUCCUCGUUUCAACGGCAACUUUGGCGUGGGGUGUGAAUCUACCUGCACAUACAGUCAUAAUCAAAGGUACAGAUGUAUACUCUCCUGAAUCUGGUAACUGGACCCAGUUAUCACCACAGGAUGUAUUUCAAAUGUUGGGGAGAGCUGGACGUCCGCGGUACGACAAGAAUGGAGAAGGUAUCAUCAUCACAUCUCAAGAUCGUAUCCAAUACUACCUUGCUAUUUUGAAUCAACAAUACCCUAUUGAAUCGCAGUUGAUGACCAAGUUGAUUGAUAGCGUAAAUGCAGAAGUUGUGGCUGGUAACAUCUCUUCGCUAAGCGAUGGUAUAGAUUGGUUGGGCUACACCUACUUAUACGUGCGCAUGUUGCAGGCACCAAAACUAUAUGGGGCAGAUUCACUAACCAACGAGGAAGAUCCGACAAUGUAUGUGAAGAGACUCGAAUUGAUUCAUGCUGCUUUCACUAUCCUUCACGAGAACAAGUUAUUGGUCCAUGAUGGCGCCAAAGUUGAGCCUACUGAGCUUGGAAAGAUUGCUUCCUAUCAUUACAUUAGCUAUCAAACUGUGGCUAGGUACAAUCAGUUGUUGAAACCUUGGAACUCCGAAGGUGAUAUAAUCAGAGUGUUUGCUCACUCUGAUGAGUUUCAAUUUAUCCCAGUUAGGAGAGAAGAGAGAAUCGAAAUCAACAAACUUAUGGAAAAAUGCCCCAUCCCAAUCAAGGAGCUUCCCACAGAGCCUCUUGCAAAGAUCAACAUAUUGUUGCAAACUUACAUAUCCAGACUAGGUCUCGAAGGGUAUGCCUUGAUCUCCGAUAUGAUCUACAUAAAACAAUCUGCAUCUAGAUUGUUACAUGCCUUGUACGAGAUUGCGUUGCUCAAGAAGUGGUCAUCGUUAGCUAAAGCAAUCCUUGACUUGUCAAAAAUGGUGAGCAACCGUCUUUGGGCUAGCGAUUCCCCAUUGAGACAAUUUGGACACUUGGCUCCAAAGUCUCUUAUAAAAGCUUCGGAAUCAUCGCAUUUGCCAUGGCUUCAGUACUUUCACUUGACAACUGAGGAGCUAGCAGAAGUAUUGAAUUUACGAGGAAACGCCCAACAAGCAUGGGAUCUCGUUCACUCCUUCCCGCGUAUUGAGCUAAACUAUACUGUCCAACCUAUUGCCGAUGAAUACGUCAGAUUGAAAGUGGAGGCAAUCCCCAAAUGGAAUUGGUUGAGUGUUCACGGAAGACAGGAAUCAUUUGAUUUGUUUUUGGAAGAUUGCGAUGGGAACGAGCUUAUGCAACAUCGACACUUUCACGUGCGUAAGGAGGACAUUGGCCAGCCACACAUAUUAGAGUUUCAGUUCAAGUUGAGGCUGCCCCAACCGCCAAACUUGCUAAUUUCAUUUGUGAGCACAAAGUGGGUAAACUGUACAUCAAAGAGGCCAAUAAUUACAGAUUUAAUUACACCAAAGGAUAGGUCACACUUUAUUCAACGCGGAGAAGAAACUGUUGUUUUGGAAGAUACAGAGUUCAACUUGAAAGAGGAGGAAUUCACUAGAGAAUUAUAUGAUGCCAUUUGCGAUGAAGAAAACAUUUUGGUGGGUAUCAAUGCAGGAGCGCAGAAAGACUUGUGCCCCGAUUUAUCCAUUGCUCAACACUUGCGUCGAUCAAACAAGAGAAUUAUCUACAUCAAUCCCAACGAGGCUAUUGUUGAAGCUAAAUUCAAAAAGUGGUCGAGGAUAAGAAGUUUGAAGGUGAGCAAAUUGUCUGGUGAUUUAAAAAAGGACGUCAGGGCUUUCAACACAAACGAGGUAAUUUUCGCCACACUUGCACCAUUUUAUGCCCUUUGCAAGCGCUGGAAGAGUCUGAAGGCAAUAAAGACUAUUCAAUUAAUUGUGCUAGAUGAUUUGCACGAACUUGAGGCAAAUCCAGUAUACGAAUUCUUGAUCACAAAGAUAAAAAUUUUGCAAUCACACGGGGAAACCAUCGAUGUCAGACUUGUGGGGAUUUCUUAUCCGUUGUUGAAUUCUCGCGAUGUGGCACUGUGGUUGAACAUAGCAAAAGGGAAUAUAAUCAAUUAUCCUGCAUCAUUGCGUGACAAGAAAAUUGAAGAAAUUCACUUUAGUGAGGACAAGAAAUGGAGUAUUGGCAAUGCGCGUACUAUCGUGUUUGCAGGGACAAAUAGCGAGGCGAUGGAAAUUGCCCAGAACUUGCCCAAACGGAAACAAGCAAGUCUUGAUGAGUAUGGGAUAGAGAGCAAAAUACUAAGAGGCGCUUUAGACAAUGGUGUUGCACUUUUAUUGAACGAGUUUUCCAGCAAAGAUAAAGCGAUAGUAUUCAACCUAUACGAAACCGGAAACGUGUCUGUUAUUGUAACGACCAGGGAUGCAGCUCAAAUUGUUCCCGCAGCAGAAUAUGUUAUCAUUGAAGGAACUGCAUACUUUGAUGGCUAUGAACACCGAGACGUUGACUACAGCGUUGUUGACUUGUACAACAUGGUCGGUCGUUGCCAAAUUUCCCCCGGACGUGUCUACAUACACACCAAGGAUGAAGUAACGGAGUUUUAUUCGUCAUUUAUCAAUUCUGGUAUUCCCUUGGAGAGCCUGUUGGACACCUCCGUAUACGAAUUUUUUAUCGAUGGAAUUGCGCAUGGAUUAUUGAAACUGAGACAGGAUUGUAUUGACCUUUUGACUUACACAUUAUUUUACAAGCGGUUGUUGAGUAAUCCCAGCUACUAUGGAUUGAAAAACCUCUCUUCGCUUGCCGUUUCUGAGUACUUGUCGAAUUUGAUUGAAGAUUUGAUGGACGACUUGAUCAAGGCAGAAUUUAUUGAAGAGGAUGAAAAAGAGACAAUAGUGCCUUCCAAUAAGGCUUUAAUCACAUCUCAUUACGAUUUGUCUUUUGAAACAUUGAAUGCAUUGGGUACUUUGAACGCCAAUAGCAAGCUCAAAGACAUUCUACUUGCUGUGACCAGUGCUUCUGAGUUUGAAUCUAUACCAGUACGAAAUGCCGAUGAGUCGUUAAGUGCAAUUGCAAGGAAAUUGCCUCUCAAAAAUGCCUCCAGCAUGACACCGUUUUACAAAGCGUUCAUUUUGGUGCAAGCAUUUAUUUCCCGAAUCAAUUUACCAUUUGAGCUAAAAUACGAGCAAGACAAGGUUUUGAAGAUUUUCGCACGUGUUCUAAAUGCAAGUAUUGAUGUUCUAUCCGGAGAGGGUCAUUUGAGCGCAAUGUUGGCGAUGGACUUGUGGCAGAUGCUUUCGCAGCAAGUUUGGUCUUUUGAAAACCACUUGAAGCAAAUUCCAAAAUUCAACGAAGAAAUCCUCGCACGUUGUAAGGAACAUAAUGUGGAGACUGUGUACGACAUCAUGAGCGUAGAGGAUGAUGAGAGAGACGAGAUACUUCAAUUGAAGGAUGAUGAUUUGAAUCAAGUUGCAAUGUUUGUCAACCAGUACCCCAAUGUUAAAUUAUCCUUUGAAAAGCUAGAUCAAGGGUCGAUAAGAGCGAUAUUGGAAAGAGACGAGGAGCUAGAAACUUUGAACGCCGUAUGCAGGUUACCUUUCACGAAGGAGGAAAAUUGGUGGGUAAUAGUCGGUCUGCAACUGUUGAAUCAAUUGUACGCGAUCAAAAAGACCCAAAUACGAAAUCUCGAGCAAAGCUUAGAAAUUGACUUUGAGAGUCCCGACUCAGUUGAAGAUCUCACAUGCUGGGCCAUCUGCGACUCGUAUAUGGAUGCUGACAAAGAAGUGCAAAUAUCGUAUUAA